CACCGCUAGGAGGAGAGGGGCGUGGCGGGACUGGAUUGCUAGCUACAGUUAGCAUCCCAUCCAGAGCCGACGCUGGCGGGUUGAUAGCAGUAAGCUCAACCCUUAGCACUCCGGCGGCUCGUCUCACCUCACCACGACCUCAGCGGUACUGGGACAAUGUUGUCAACACGACGGAGUACUUCCACACCUCACCAGCUAGCGACUAGCGUGUAGCCCUCUAGCGGGUUAGCCUUUAGCUUAUAGCCCUCUAGCGGGUUAGCUGUUAGCCGUUAGCUUUGUCGCUAAAAACAAGUAAAAGCAGCGGCGAGUCUCACGGUUCGUCACCAUGGAGACCAACGUGACGAAGAGACGCGACAACAAGAAGGCCCUGAGAGUGAAGGUCAUCAGCCUGGGCGACGCCGAGGUUGGCAAGAGCUGCAUCAUCAAGCGCUACUGUGAGAAGAGAUUCGUGCCGAAGUAUCUGGCGACGAUCGGCAUCGACUAUGGUGUCACCAAGGUUCAGGUUCGGGACAGAGAAAUCAAAGUUAACAUCUUUGACAUGGCCGGUCACCCUUUUUUCUAUGAGGUGCGUAAUGAGUUCUAUAAGGACUCCCAGGGCGUGGUCCUGGUCUACGACGUGGGGGCCCGGGACAGCUUCCAGGCUCUGGACGGCUGGCUGGGGGAGAUGAAGCAGGAGAUGGGCUCCCAGGCCAACAUGGACACCAUCGUCUUCAUCGUCUGCGCCAACAAGGUGGACCUCACUAAGCGCCGCGUGGUGGAUGAGGGCGAGGGCCGUCUGUGGGCGGAGUCCCGGGGGUUCCACUACUUUGAGACGUCGGCUCAGAGCGGAGAGGGCGUCUCCGACAUGUUCCAGGCGUUCUUCUCGGCCAUCACAGACAUGUGUGAGAACGGGGGCCGGCGUCCGGCCGUGCCCGAGGUCAGCGUGGGCUUCACCAAGGAGCAGGCCGACACCGUGAGGCGCAUCCGCAACAGCAAGGACUCCUGGGACAUGCUGGGGGUCAAGCCGGGGGCCGCGCGGGAGGAGGUGAACAAGGCGUACAGGAAGUUGGCCGUACUGCUCCAUCCUGAUAAGUGCGUCGCCCCCGGCAGCGAAGACGCCUUCAAGGCCGUGGUCAACGCACGCACCUCCCUGCUGAAGAACAUCAAAUAACACACACACACACACACACACACACACACACACACACACACACACACACACACACACACACACACACACACAUCCAAUAAUAAGACUACGUGUUAUGUGUCUCGCCAUUGAUGAUGACAGCCAAUCACUGGCCUUGCUCCACUCAAUCGUAACCUACUUUGUUGGCCCCGCCCAUGUCAGGGCUCCGCCCACGUGCAUGUUCGUGCCACGUCCUGGCUCCGCCCACCUACUGGCUCCGCCUACGUACUGGCUCCGCCCACUUACUGGCUCCGCCCACGUCUUGGCUCUUUUCGAGACGUGAGGAUGGCAUUUUUUAAUGGUUAUUUAUUAAUAUUUAUGUACAUCUACCUCUGCUAUUUAUUAUUAAUAUUUAUAUAAAUUUACAUCACAAGCUUCAGUCAUGUCUCUAAAUAUUAUGAGUAAUUAAUAUUAUAUAUAUUCCAUAUUAAUCUAUCUACUUUUCUUAUACAUCAAUACAUUUAUAUAAUAUACUUUUGAUAUUAGUAAUUAAUAUCUAUAAGCAUCUUUGUCUUUUAUUUAUUUAGAAGCUUCAUUCAUGUCUAUUAUUAUAAUUUAUCUAUCAAUAUAUUUCAUGAUUUGGUUGUUUAUGAAGGGGUUCUUCAUAUUAAUAUUAAUUAUUCAUAUUAUUAAUUCUAACCCCAUUACUAUAAUAUUAUUCCAAUAUAUGUUUUCUUUAUAACUUGUGUGUUUAUGAAUCUACAGGGCUAAAUCUACUCUGUAUUAACUAAAGUUUAUUAAUAUGUUUGUAUUAUUAAUAAUAUCUUUAAUUUAUCUAAAAAAUAUUAAUAAUGAAUAUAGUUAUAAUUCUACAUCUGUUAUUACUUAUGUUCAUUAAUAUGGAACGUAUAUAAUAUUAAUAAUAAUAAUGUUUAUGAUUAUAUAUAAGAAAUAUUCAUGAAUUUAUUUAUAAAUCAACAUGUUAUCUACUUUGGUUCUUUCAUUUGUAAAUAUCUAAUUAUUAAUAAUGAGUGGUAUCUAAUAAGAAUAAUGAAUAUGUAUAUUCCUGUUAUUUAUUUAGCAGGUCUUCUCGUGUGUAUUAUAUAAUUAUGAAUACGAUAUUUGUGUGUGUGUGUGUCCGGUGGUGAUUAGUUGUGGUCAGAGCUUUCAUCACGUGCGCGCUCAUGUGCUGAUGGUAGGGAAGCAUGAAACCUUUUGACAUGAGAGCACACACACACACACACACACACACACACACACACACACACACACACACACACACACACAUUGCAGCUGGUGUGUCUAACAGUGUUGGUUGCACUUUAAUGUGUCUGUCCGUUGGGCUGGGGGGGGGGUUGUCGUGGGAGACAGUCUGCAUGUUCUGUUUGGAAUAAUAAAAACAAUCUUCUCUUAA